AUGGCAACUAAAAUUGUCAUCUUGUCUUUCAUGUUCCUCCUAGCUCUAGCCACUUUCAUUGAAGCUUCAAAGUACCAGUUCCAAAAGCUGAAAGAAACCAACAUGGUGUUCUACAUGCAAGAUUGGGAGACGGGUGCCAAUGUCACCGCCACCCCAAUCGCUGGCAUCCCCCACAAGCGGUGGUUGAUCCUUGGGUUCGGAACAAUCUUUGCGACGGAUGAUAAGUUGGCAGUAGCUAUUGAAAGGAACUCAUCUGAGGUUGGAAGGGCUCAUGGCAUUUACGUGAACUCAGCAUUGGAUGGCUCUGAUUUGCAUUUAUUGAUGUCAUUUGUGUUCACCAACAAGAAGUACAAUGGUAGCACCUUAGAAAUACAAGGGGCAGACAGGGUCUUUCAAAAGUAUAGGGAGGUAUCUGUGGUUUCAGGAACCGGGUUCUUCAGGUUGGCUCGUGGUUAUGCUACUUUGGAGACUGUUUUUCUUGACAUUCCCAAUUCUAAUGCAAUCAUCCGGUGGAAUGUGACAGUUUUUCACUACUGA